AUGACCCGUUCAUUUAAAGAAAACAUACUUAGUACGAACAACUCUAAUUUCUUGCAAUUUCAAUCAAUAACAAAAUAUUUAGCUAAGCACAAAAAUGGGUAAAAGCGAAAAAAAAGCGAAGAAAAAGCACAAGAGCAAGCGCAAGGAGCACAAAGAGAAGCACAAGAAAUCAAAGAAGCAUAGCAAAAACAAGCUAACCAAAGAGGAGACGCCAAAGAUUGAGACGCCAAAUGGACGAGGAGCAGAAUGUGAAGGAGGAGAAAGAGGAGCUGCUCAUGUGGACACUGGUAGCGAGGAGGAUUUCGCCAUACCAAUAGCGUUGAUGAACAGCAAAUCGCAUGCUCCAGAAACGCCGGAGGAAUAUCAGCGUCGUCAGAGCCAAAUACGCCGUGAAAUAGAUCCCGUAACUGGACGCACACGUCUCAUCAAGGGAGACAGCGAGAUUUUGGAGGAGAUUGUGACCAAGGAUCGACAUCGCAGCAUCAACAAGGCGGCAACGAGCGGCGACGGGGAAUAUUAUGAAUCCCAAUCACAAAUCUUGGCCAAGCGUCAGAAGCCAAAUUAAAGACUUGACUUGUUCACAAAUUUCAAUAAUAAUAAUAUUACAAUUACAAUAAUAAUAAUAAUAGGUAUAAUUAAUAACUGUUACAUCUAAAUAAACAAAUUGUUGUUUAGCAUUUUUUUGGAAAUGUUAUGCCAAAACUUAAGCUA